UCCCGAGGUGCCUCGCUCCUAGCGGCACGGACGAGAGCUCCGAGAGAAGCAAGAUGGCGGACGUACUGGAUCUUCACGAGGCGGGGGGCGAGGAUUUCGCAAUGGAUGAGGAUGGGGACGAGAGCAUCCAUAAACUAAAAGAAAAAGCGAAGAAACGGAAGGGCCGCGGCUUUGGCUCUGAAGAGGGGUCCCGAGCGCGGAUGCGAGAGGAUUAUGACAGCGUGGAGCAGGAUGGCGAUGAACCUGGACCCCAGCGCUCUGUUGAAGGUUGGAUUCUCUUUGUCACCGGAGUCCACGAAGAAGCCACCGAGGAAGAUAUCCAUGACAAAUUCGCUGAAUAUGGGGAGAUAAAAAACAUCCACCUUAACUUGGACAGGCGCACUGGAUACUUGAAGGGAUAUACUCUAGUUGAGUAUGAAACAUACAAAGAAGCUCAGGCUGCCAUGGAGGGACUCAAUGGUCAAGAUUUGAUGGGACAGCCAAUCAGUGUUGACUGGUGUUUUGUUCGGGGUCCACCAAAGGGCAAGAGGAGAGGUGGCCGAAGACGAAGCAGGAGUCCAGACCGGAGACGUCGUUGAUAGAUCCUCCGUUCCCCGGGUGGUCUCUGCCCGACCAUUUGGUUAUACUGCCUUGCAUAAAUAGGGCCAGGGUAGAACUUGUGUUUAUAUUUAAUUUCUUACCUAAUCUUCUUAGUAUUGCUUUGAGUUAAAGAAAUAAAUGUUCCAUUUUGUUUCCUACA